UCACCUUAAUUUCAUCCCACAUACACACACUCUUCCAUCCACACAUUUCUCUUCCAAAAUGGCAUCCCUCAAUAUCAAAAACAGCUUCCUGACAAUCAUUCUGGCCGGAAUUCUCGCCGUUAUGGUACCAAAAAUCGUAUUGGGUCAGAACUGCGGUUGUGCUGCAGGACUAUGUUGCAGCCAGUUCGGGUACUGUGGCACUGGCGACGCCUACUGUGGUGCAGGGUGCCAAUCAGGCCCUUGUACUAGCUCUGGCUCCAAUGGUGCCUCGGUCCCUGAUAUAGUCACACAGGCAUUUUUCGAUGGCAUAAUCAAUCAAGCUCCUGCUGGAUGUGUCGGGACCAGCUUCUAUACCCGGUCUGCAUUUCUUAAUGCCCUCGGCUCCUACCCUUCGUUUGGCACCACUGGAACUGCUGACGAUUCUAAGCGCGAAAUUGCUGCUUUCUUCGCGCAUGCCACGCAUGAGACUGGAUUUUUUUGCAAUAUUGAAGAGAUAAAUGGUGCCUCUCAGAACUACUGUGAUCCAUCAAAAACUCAGUACCCAUGUGCACCAAACAAGAAUUACUAUGGCAGAGGUCCUCUUCAACUGACAUGGAACUACAACUAUGGACCUGCUGGGCAAAGCAUUGGGUUCGAUGGACUAAACAAUCCGGAAACUGUUGCAACAGAUUCAGUGGUGUCCUUCAAGACCGCCUUGUGGUUUUGGAUGAACAACGUUCACAAUGUCAUAAAUUCUGGAUUCGGUGCAACAAUCCGAGCCAUCAACAGCAUCGAGUGCAACGGUAAUAACCCGAAUGCAGUCAAUGCUCGUGUUAAGUACUACACUGACUAUUGCAACCAACUUGGGGUUGCGCCUGGUAAUAAUCUCCAAUGCUAGGGCACUAAAAAAAUUUAGCCGACAUGGAAGCUAGCUCUCCAGUACCUUGUAAUAAAUUCGACAUACAUGGAAGAAAAUAAAUGUUACUAUUAUUGUUUUUAAAGUUUUGCAGUAAUACCACUGCAAUGAAUAAAAAGAGCUCUAGCUAGGUACAUGUUUGGUCAUGAUAUGGAGGGAAUUACAAGUAAAGAUUCAAAUGUAUUGUUCAGUUGCUGGUAAACAAUCUUGGUUUCUUCAACAAUUAAUUAAUAAAUUUUUCUUUCA